AUGGUAAGGUUGGACCAUGGAAUGUUUCGUAAUUAUACGCUGAUGUCCGUUCAGACAUACGAAAAACUGUUGGGAAAAAUAGGUUCUAGGCUGUUUAGUGCACAAACGAGACCAAACACAAUAACGUCAUCGGAGAAAUUCCCGGUCACCCUCAGAUACCUUGCUACAGGUGAAUCUUACACAUCUCUGUCACGAUCGUUCCAAAUAGGCGUCUCGACAGUAAAUAAAUUCAUACAUGAAACUCUGGGCAUAAUCUGGGAUAAAUUACAACAAGAUGUUUUAGUUUUACCAGACAGCGCAGACAAAUGGUUUCAAAUAAUUGAUGAAUUUGAUCAAAUUUGGCAGUUCCCAAACUGCUUUGGUGCAAUAGAUGAGAAGCAAGCGCAGCCUCGUAGCGGUUCCGACUAUUAUAAUUACAAGCAUUUCCACAGUAUUAUAUUGCUAGCUAUGUGCGAUGCUAAUUACGAUUUUAUUAUGGUAGACGUAGGUGGCAGAGGAAGACAAAGUGACGGUGGCGUAUUUAAAAACUGCGACUUUUAUGAAAGGCCUCAAGUGUAUGUAUCAGAUACUGCUUUUGGUCUAAGAAGACGAGGCAUGCGUCCUUUUGCGGGGGCAGGAACGGGAUCUCUUUCCAAGGACAAAAAGUUGUUUAAUUACAGACUCAGUAGGGCUAGAAGAACAACAGAAAACGACAUGCAAUAUUAUUCCCCACCCUUAAAUUCGGCGAUAGGCCUGAAAAAGGUGAAUCUUCUCUAG